UUCACCCCCCCCCCCCCAGGAGACAUGAGCGGCAAGCUCUGGACGGAGGAGCAGUUCAACUGCCCCGUGUGCCUGGACCUGCCCAGCGAGCCGGCCACCAUCCCGUGCGGCCACAGCUACUGCAUGGGCUGCAUCCGGGACUACUGGAGCGAGGCCGACGCCACGGGCACCUACAGCUGCCCGCAGUGCCGGCAGGCCUUCAGCCCCAAGCCCCACCUCUCCCGCAACACCAUGCUGGCCGAGGCCGUGGAGCAGCUGCGCACGGGCGCCGCGCUCGGAGCGGAGCAGCGGGCGUCCAUCCGCAGCACGCGCGGCGCCGGCGCCGGCAAGGCCAAGCGGCGGCCGUCGUCGUCGUCGUCGUCGGCCGUGCCGUGCGACAUGUGCACCGGGCAGAAGCAGCGCGCGGCGGUGAAGAGCUGCCUGGUGUGCAUGAGCUCGUACUGCGAGAGCCACCUCAAGCACCACCAGGGCCAGAAGUCGAUGCGGCAGCACGAGCUGAUCGGACCCACGGGCCAGCUGGCCCAGAAGAUCUGCACGGAGCACAAGUACCUGCAGGAGUUCUACUGCCGGCCCUGCGGGCGCUUCGUGUGCUGGCUGUGCACCAGCAACCAGCACAAGGGCCACGAGUGUGUGUCGACCAAGGCUGAGCGCGUGGAGAAGCAGAAAGUUCUGACGGGGCUGCAGGCUGAGAACCACCAGAGACUUCAGGAGAGAGAGAGGGAGUUGAAGGAGAUGAACAGAAUGAUGGAGAUCAUGAAGCACUCGGCGGAGCGCGUGCGCACCGACGCGGAGCUGGUGCUCUCAGAGCUGCGCUGCUCGGUGGAGCGGCUGCAGACGCUGGUGGAGGCCAUGCUGGAGCGGGCAGAGCUGGACAAGAUGGCGGAGGCCCGCGAGGUGGCCGACAGCCUGGCGGCUGAGGUCAAGGAGCGCAAGAGGCGCGAGGAGGAGAUGAAGGAUCUGGUGCGCUGCGAGGACCACAUCCACUACCUCCAGACGUGUGAAGAGCUGGCCAGCCCUCUGGAGCUGGAGGAGCUGCCGGGCGUGCUGGUGAACCUGGAGGCCUCCUUCGACCCGGCGCGAGAGGCCAUCCUGGACCUCAGGGAGCACGUGGAGGACCUGUGCAACGCCGAGCUGGGGAAGAUAACCAAGAAAGUGAACGACACAAGCCUGUUCACGCUAGAGGGAAGCAACUCUAACCGCGGUGCAAAAGGAGGCUUUCUCAGAUUGUUCUCAGGUCUAGGCGCCCGCACUGCGACCAGUCGUCCAACAGCGACCUCCCCGAGCGUGUCAGUAGGGGUCCGGACGCCGGACAGGAGAGGAAUUGGAUUAGAUGUGAGGGGUAGGGACCCACCACGAGGAAGCUCCCCCAGGCCCCAGGACGGACCGAGAAGAGAGAACCGGGGAUUAGAAGCAGCGAGGGAGAGCAACAGCAGGCGGCCCAGCCCCCGGUCGAGCCCGACUCUGAGCCGCCGUGAGUCCGAGUCCGAGUGGAACGGCCCCCGUCAGACCCAACCGUCGCCCCCGGCCCAACCGGACCCCCCACGCCCGACCGCCGCCGCCGCCGCCGUCACGCCAGCUCCCGUCCCGGCACCCGUCCGGUCAGCCAGCCCGGCCCAGGCCAUCGCUGGAUCCUUCAGCCGGAUGUCCUCCAUCAGCAGCCUCUUCCGCUCCCAUCGCCGUGGCAACGCCCAGGCCACCCCUGUGCCGGACGCGACCCCUCCGGCCAGCAGUCGCAGCGGUCCGUCGUUCAGAGGCGGGAACCCAUGGGGAAUAGGCACUCUGUCUGAAACGCCGACAGAAGUUAACCCCGGCCUGUUCUUGGAUUCACCCUCCCCAGACUUCAUGCCGAACGACGGCCAAGUGUUCCCAGCAUUGAGGGAGAUCAACCUGGACAGCAUCCAGGCACCUGAACCCAGAGGCAGAGAGGAGUUCCUUCAGUACGCCGUCCAGCUGACCCUCGACCCCGACACGGCGCACCGGCGGCUGGCGCUCUCCGACGGCGACACCAAGGCCACCCUGCAGGCGGUCGCCGCGCCCGGCGCCGCCGACACCCCGCAGCGCUUCGACGGCUGGACCCAGGCGCUGAGCCGCGGCCCGCUGGGCGGCGCCGGGCGCAGCUACUGGGAGGUGGAGUGGCGGGGGCGGGGCUCCUCGGUGGGCGUGGCCUACGGCUCGCUGGCCCGCAAGGGCGGCGACGGCCAGGCCGGCCUGGGCUACAACGCGCGGUCCUGGAGCCUGGAGCUGUCGGACACGCGCUGCGUGGCCAUGCACGACAACGAGAGGCGGGACAUCGCCGUGGGCUACUCGCCGCGCGUGGGCGUGUUCCUGGACCCGGCGGCGGGCACGCUGGGCUUCUACAGCGUGGCCGACGGCAUGAGCCACCUGCACACCUUCCGCGCCAACUUCACCCGGCCGCUGUACGCCGCGGUCGGGGUGGGCGUGGGCGUGGGCGUGGGGAUGGACUUCGCCCUGGGACAGUUCAGCAGCAGCGCCGACAGCGUCAAGCUCUGUCCCAUGUGA